AUGCUAUUAUGUAAAAACACGCUACAUUGCAAAAAUAAGGUGUUUUAUUUAAACAUGCUGCAGAAAAUAUUUCAGCGUUUUUUUUUCUGCUUUUGAAGACCGUUCGGCUUGAGGAUGGUUACACUUUUCACUGCCAGUGCAAUAGAAUAGGCUAACAACACUUCAGCUGCGAGCAGUCUUGUUUGUGAGACUGGUGCGCAACUGAAAACUGCCUUGUACUGCCAUAACGGAUCAAGCGACGUAUUUCUCUACACUUCAGCGGUAUCAACUCGUGUGUGGAAACAGAUCCGUGUUUGAGUUGGAUGUAACGCUGGUAAACAGUUCCAGGGAGUAUGCUACCUUUCCGAGAAUAGGAGGGUGGUUGGAGUGGUUUUGCUUCUUUCGUCGUUUAUUUUUUUUUUCGGGGGGUUCCUCGAAUAGAGUGUAGGAAAGCUAGAGGAAGCCAAAUCUAAUCAUUCGACAUUGACUUUCGAGGAAGGCUGAGUGAGACGAGCACUUAAAAGUCAAGAACAGAAGCCAGCAAGCCCCCAGCGUCGGACUAACGUUGGACGCUGGUGCGUCGUGUUUAGCGAUAUAUCCACCUCUUCACAACAAGGUGUCCUGGUCGGGAUUAUACUGUAGAUCGCCUACCUAAUGUAUUGUGAACUUGCCUAGGGAGGAGAGUUGCCACAGAGACCCACACGGACAAAUUUCACAGUUGGGUGCAAGACUGAAGCCCUGGUCAUGAAUGGAUGCCGGUGACCUACCAGAAGGCGCAAAGGCCCAGUGGUGCAGCAUGUGAUGAUCCACGCCCGGAACGAAGGUUCCCUCAGCCAGAGCCGCAGCACAGGGAGGCGGGAACACUGCCCCCAUAGGCCACAUGGUGAGACCAUGGGCGGGGCCUGGCUUGAGCGCUCGCUGCGAUUCGGCAGGACCUUGAAGAAGUGUAGGACCAAGCGAGGAAGGGGAGGGGUUAAAGAGAUGCGGGAGAAGACGCCGGAACGGAAUAGGAGGCGGGGCAGGAAAUCAUAUCCCUUACGAGGAAGGGGAGGGUCUUCGGAGGAAGAGGGACUUAGCUGUCACGUUUUACUCACGCGGUUGGAGGAGGACAUCCAGGAGCAGGAGGACACCAAUGAGAGGGGGAAUGAUUCGCCUACCCAACCCCCCGUCAAACCUGAAUCCCGGAUCAAGAAACUGGGCAAAGGAAAAGGCGAAGCCAAGGGGAAACUCCUGGCGAAGAAGAUGAUUCCCAAAAUGAUAUCCAAAACCACCAGUGAUGUGCAGGAGUCGCCGUUUCCAGAGCCGCGUAAGCGACGGCUAGCUUCUCUCAACGCUGAGGCGGUGAACAGUCUGCUGUUGGAGAGACCCAACGAUACCCAGCCGGCUGGCAAACAGGCCAGGAGAGAGCAGGAGGAGCCCUCCAGCGGUGAGUCAACCCUGGGGACAGAUCCAGCUAGUGGUGGGGUGGCCGGAGGUCCUAAAGCUCAAAGAGCCAGCAGCAGCAAGGCCUCCAUAUUGCACAAGCCUGAACUGUGCCGACGCUCCAAAAAGGCCAAGAAAGUCUCCAAGAAACGGACCAAACCAGAUAAAGGAGAGAAGAAAGAGACUGCGAUGAUGACUCUACAGAUGUUACACACCCCUGCUCCUCGACGGCUAGCCGGACUCAACGCUGCCGCGCUGCUAAAGUUAACGAGCACCUCCGCAACUAGCAAACAGCGAGUGAAACCAACAUCGACUAUGACGACCGACUGCAAGACCAUGAGCGCCGCAUCAGUUGAUGUGAAGCAGAAGCAACCGCGACUGAAUCUUAAACAGUGUGGCCGCCAGCCUAAGCAGAAGGGAAGGAAGUUGAUUCCAGAACAGGGAGGCUGCAAGAAGUCCAACUUUGAGCCCAAAGGGGAGUGGGAGUCUGGAGGUUGCACCCACAGGCUAACCAAACCAGGCUACCAGUCGCGCAGCAUGCUAGCCUACCCGCUGAAGCCUGUCGUCAAAGAGGAGCAGGUUGAGGCAGAGCUGAGACCGUACUACUGCUGCCCCCCAGAGGGUUCUGUGGAGUACUGCCACCGCCUAGCAUUGUUCCUGGGUCAGAAGGCCUAUGCUGACUCAGAAGAACAACCUUUAAACGCUGCAAUGACCCCUAUGAAGCGGGAGUGCCUGGUGACAUCGCCCUCCGUGGCCCACCCCCAUUCCCAUGCAGCCCUGACCCUCAGCUCCCACCCUUGCCUCUGCACCGCCGACCCCGCCUGCUUCUCCAGCUACUACGUACACAUCGCACACCCCGGAGCUCCGUCGACCACCCUCAGCUCGAGACCUCUGAACUUUGGCACCUCGACAAUGUGUCCCGGCAUGGUGUCUGGGUCCAAGCUGCUGGGUCCUCCGGUGUCCCAUGCCUCGACGCUGGCCCACCCUGCUUUCUGUGGCUCAGUGGGCUCGCCCUACUACAGCAAGGCCUGCCGUGUCAGCGGCUACACCUACAGAGCCAUGCAGCCGGUCAACAGCAGGGGGUGCUCUUUCUCCACAGGCUGUUCCGGGUUUACACACGGCAUCAAGACAGAGGGUUACUCCUCCCCCAAAGGCGACCACAGCCCCUCCCUCCUGGUCUCCCCCUCCCUCCCACUCUCGGGCUGCCCCCUCCACACCACCCCCUCCUCCACCCAGGCCAAGCCCCAUCUCCUCACCCCCCUGUCUGACCGCAGAGUGCCCCAUGCUAGACUGAAGCUGGCCAGGGAGUGCCCUCAGAGCACCAAGCCACCUAACGGUUAUCUGUCCAUGGGGAGAACCAGGCUGUCGCAGAAACAGCCAGCCCCGACACCCUGCCUGUCCCCAGCCAAGCAGAAGAGGGUCAGCCACCGACGGGCCACCAAUGGGUGGCUGCCUGUAGGAGUGCCCACGGAGAAAGAAGUGUUCAUUGCGGGGGAGGAUGAGACGGCUUUGCGGCAGUGUUAUGAAGGAGUACAGAGAGACAGUGAAGUAAUACGUGUCAGAGACACAGUGCUGCUGCGCUCCGGUCCCCGGAAGAAGUCCCUGCCCUACGUCGCCAAGAUAUCGGCGCUCUGGGAGGAUCCCAAAUCUGGAGAGCUGAUGAUGAGCCUGUUCUGGUACUAUCGACCUGAACACACACAGGGAGGGCAAGACUCCAGUAUGCACUGUGAGAAAGAGAUUUUUGCCUCUCGGCAUCAAGACGAGAACAGUGUGGCCUGCAUCGAAGAUAGAUGCUAUGUUCUCCCACUAGCACAAUACUGUAGAUUUUGUGCCUUGGUGAAGCGGCGUGAAGAGGGUGCGCCCCCUGGCACUGCCAGAGUGGUCCCCUGCACCUCGGACUUCAACCCCCCCGACCACCGCCAGGUUCCUGCCAACAUCAACCCUGAACUAGUGUACCUCUGCCGCCACGUCUACGACUUCCGCUACGGACGCAUCCUCAAGAACCUGCAGUAGGGGGCAGCAGAGGACACGCAAACACACCCACACACACCCCUAGUGGAGCAAACACACUCCUACACAUGGGGCUGAAGGAUGAGAGGGGGAACCCCUGAAGUGUUUUGGUGGGACCCCUGAUUGACCCUUGACCCCUGAUAGGCACUCGGGUCAGCUGGAGGGAGGCUGAAGGAUCAAGUAUCGAAGGGGGACCACUGAUAUCUGAGUGGGUACCUUAGCCCCCUUUACAACUGUAGCUAGGGAGCUGAAGUUUUGGCUCCCUCAACUGGAGAACUAUACCGGCAUGGAGAAGGGAGAGGUGGAUUCUUUCACAGAGAUCUGUUCCUCCACACCACUUAGAGUUAAUGGUCCUGGUCCCCAUGUCCCGCUAUACAAUGUGCAUCAACAGCCGUGUUGGUGACCUAACAAGAAGAGGAGCUGUUAUAGCAGAGUGACACUGGGCUUAUCACGUCAUUGUUUUGAUGUUAGAGCCUGACGUAAUGACAACGUUCUUCUUCAUUUGUGUUUGUCUCUGAGGCAGCUGUGAUUGUGAGGGCACACACACACUGAGGUUUUAUAUUUUUGCCGUGUGUCAGAGAGUGACGUAGUGGGUGGGUGUGUGUUCAGUCUGGGCUGCAGUGAAACCACAGGUGCAGGUUCACAAAGGAUCGCAGUGUUUCCCCUUUAUUUCCCCUGUGAUAAAUCGUGGCCGCCAAGGAAGUAUAUAAAGUGCCAGUCAAAAGUUUGGACACACCUACUCAUUCAAGGGUUUUUCUUUAUUUGUACUAUUUUCUACAUUGUAGAAUAAUAGUGAAGACAUCAAAACAAUGAAAUA